CUUCCUAGAUAAGUUUGUUAUUAAGGUCCUGCGAAUAAAGUAUACGCGAUUACGCGACUUCCUUUUCGGAGAUGAGUUUUUCUAUAUGUACCAUUUCUCAUAAUUAACUUCCCUUAUCGAAGAUCAAAAGUCGAGACUUGAAGGGUCAUGGCACAAGAGCAGUCUGCUGUCUCAGCCUCUGCUCUUCUUCUUGAUCUGGAUGAUACCUCCUUGUCAGCACUGAUUCAUCAUGACAUCGAUGAUCAUGAAGAUGAGAUUCACAUCGAUCCAACGAUGAUAUCAGAUGCCAAAUACGCAGAAGAAUUGCAGCUCCAAGAGGCUAUAAUGGCGUCUUCUGCCUUCAUUUCCCAAAACAUAAGCAACAUCGCGUCGUGUUCCUCAUCAAGUCUGACAAUCCAAGCAGCCCAAGCAGUCCCAUCCAGUGCAACCCAUGAAGUCCUUGACCCAGAAACCCAAACCCUAUGUGGGAUUUGCGUUGAAGUCAAAGAGAAUAACCAGAUGUUCUCAAAUGAAAGCUGUGCUCACUCCUUCUGCUCAGAUUGCAUAACCAGACAAGUAGCCGCGAAACUGGACGAGAGCUUUCACAUUGUUUCCUGCCCCGGAUUGGAUUGCAAAGCGGUCCUCAAAUUUGAGGAUUGUACCCCAAUUCUCCCCAAAUUGGUCCUCGAAAGGUGGAAUGGUGCCCUUUGUGAAGCUCUGUUCGUGGGGUCGCAGAAACUCUACUGCCCUUUCAGUGAUUGCUCAAUGGUUUUGGUGAUCGAGAACGAAGGGGAGGCAGUGAGAGAGUCAGAGUGCCCUGCUUGCCAUAGACUGUUCUGCGCCGGAUGUCAGGUUCCGUGGCAUUCCGGGGUUGAUUGUGAGGAGUUUCAGAUGCUUAACGAGGACGAGAGAGGGAGGGAAGAUCUUAUGGUCAAUCAGCUUGCAAAGGAGAAGAAGUGGAAGAGGUGCCCCAGGUGCCACUUUUAUGUGGAGAAGACUCAAGGUUGUUUGCACAUUUCUUGCAGGUGCCAAUUUCAGUUCUGUUAUGGUUGUGGAGCAGAAUGGACAAGUAACCAUGGUGGGUGCCAGUCUCAGUGCAACAGAAAUUAAUGGAUGGAUGAGGAGGCAGCCACUAUAUAGUUAUGUUUCUUUUGGCCUCUAUAGUCAUAGUUUGUGUUGCUUUAGAACGCUCAUGUGAGUUCAUAUGAUCAACAAAAAUGCACAUAUAGUUGUGCAAGUAGAUCGUUGUUGAUAAUAUCUUUCAACAACUUGAUUGUAUGAAUUUAAAGCUCGAGCAACUAAUUUAUCGUUUUAUGGACUUUUA